AGAGUUUAUCCUGGUUCCACCCACUGGGACUUUCCUAGCUUCCUCCUGCACGGCGAGGGGAAAAAAAGGCAGAGGCAGACAGCAGGCAUCCCGGGGAGCUCGGGGAGCCGCGGUGCUCCCUUCCCUGAGCUAGGUUUCUAUUGUAGGCGGUGCAUUCCUCGGGAGGGAGGGUGUGUGUGUGUCGGUGCCUUCCCACACUCCGGGCAGCUCUUAUUUAAUGGGGGUCUCCAUGCAGGGCAGAAGGCAGAAGAGGUUUAGCCAUUGCCAGUCUCAGCGGCAGCUCGUAAGCCAAUUGCCGGCAUGGAUCACAGGGCUGAAAUAACCCUGGAGGAGGCUUCGGCGACCGGCCAAGCCUCCAGGAUGCACAUCAGGGAGGACCUGAGGAGGAUGCGCUGCGCCGUGCUGCUCUGCCUGCUGGCCGUGCUGCUGCUGGCGCUGCCCAUCGCGUACCUGCUGGCUGGGAACCUGCGAGCACCCGCCUCCUGCUCCCAGGUCGUGGAUGAGAGGAGCUCUCACUUUCUGAAGCAGCGGGCAGUAGCUGCUGUUACAGACACGCUUCCCAGUGCUGAGAAGCCAAGAGCACACCUGACAGUGAAGAAACAAGAUCCCUCCAGUGCCACAGGAAAACAUCUGCCCAUCCUGCAGUGGGAAGACAAGCGAGGCUUGGCCUUUACCAAGAACAACCUGAGUUAUUCCAGCAACGCACUGGUGAUACCUGUGUCUGGGGAUUACUAUGUCUAUGCUCAGGUCACUUUCCGAGGGCCCAGUGACACUUCAAGUAAAACCAAUUCUGUUACUGCAGUCAUCACUAAAGUCACUGACAGCUAUCCCGAGCCCACCCAGCUGCUGACCAGCAGCAAGACCCUUGGUGAAGAAAGGAACAACUGGUUCCAGCCCAUUUAUCUGGGAGCCGUGGUUUCCUUAGAGAUAGGAGACAAGCUAAUGGUCAACGUUAGUGACAUCAAGCUGGUGGAUUACACUAAGGAGCACAAAACCUUCUUCGGUGCCUUUUUAUUGUAGGUCUCUGGCAGCCUCUGGCCCCUUAAGGACCCUGGUUUGGUGGUUGCAUGUUGGGGUGCUGGUCUCUGUGCUGUCCACUGUGCUUCACUCACCUGCUGCCUUUAAUUAUGGGGUGGGGAGAGCUGGAGCUGCAGGAUGAAUGGAAACAGCCCAAAAAACUCCAGAAAAAUGAAAGUCAGACUUAAAGGAUGAUGGGGAUUCUGGAAAGCUCUGUAUAUUGGAGAGGAACCUUUUUUUAUGGGUUGGGUAGGGAUAUUUAUCGUAAAUAGGCUAGGCUGCAUCACUAAUUCCUUUUCCAGUAUAUCAUUUCUUCAACUGAAAAGAAGUGUUUUAAACUUUCUCCAGCACUUCCAGUGUAAUUUUGCAUCACCUUUCUUCAGAUUCUUAAAGGCAAUUACAAUUAAUAAUUUCCUUAAACAUAAUUCAGUACUUUGCACUAACAUAAAGCCCAGAUUAAUCAUUAACUGCUCAAUUAAUCACUUCCAGUUUUCCUGUAAAGUAGAUUAAAAUUAUAUCAUGUGUUUUGCAGAAGCUACCUGAUUUUCUUUUAUUUUCCAGGAUACAAUUUACAGAUAUUUAAGUCAAUCUGUAGGCUUUAGCUUUUAUGUAAAACUCCAGGGAACAUGCAGAAACAUUUUCAUUUCAGCAUGACCGUGGAAUCCCCCCACCAGAUCCAAACAUUAGGAAAACAGAAAAACAAAACAAAACAAAAAAUCAAGGCGGGGAGAUAUGCAGAAACAUCUUCCACACUUUUGAAAAUCAAUCACAGAAAUUUAAAAAAAAAAAAAAAAUUGCUCUGCAAUAUUUUGCUUUCCACCGUGCUUCAUGCAAAGCAAAUGCAACUAAAGACAUCAGUGCCCUCCUAACGCUUUGCAACCACUGCUACAGCGAUCUGCUGACGCAAAGGUCUCCCCAUCCUUUGCCUGGGUGCAGGCUGAUGGCCAGUAGUCCAUGCAUAAGGUCAGCGGAUCCAAAGAGAAGCUCACAGUGUGCCAUGGCCAACUACAGAGCUUGGGAACGCUUAGCUUCCCAUCUCGUGCUUCUUUUUCUCAUAGACAUUACUAUCUCAGGGAAAUUCCCCAGCUCUCCUUCUCCUCCCACAAUAAAUACAUCACUGUCAGUGACUCAAGUCACGCUCUAGUUUGUUUAGGCUUUACACACUUAACUGCUUAGUGGUCUCUCACUUGAGCCCCUACCAGGCAGUUGUUUGGCAGGGUCUGUCCAGUGGCCAGGCUGCUCUCUCUGCAGCUCUUCCUCUUUCUUCCCUUUCCCCAUUGGGCUCCUUCCUUCUUGGCCAGAAGUGUCACCAAGAUGGCCUAGCUAACAUUUCCACCCAAAGACAUGGGCCCCAGCAGCAUGCUGUUAGCAUCAGGGAGGCACCCAGCACCCAGUCUGGUCUUCUUACUCUCCAGAAGGGCAGCUCACCAUCACCACCUCAGCAGGGCUUUUCCCAUUGCUUAGAAGCCCCAGCUUUUCUCUUUGCACCAAUAUGGUAAAAUCACAAGUCCAGGAAAAGUUUAUUCCUCUGGGAAACCCUAAGACUUUCCAUUUUUUUUAGAUUUUAGGUUUGAGUCCUUCAGAGCUUCUGAUCCCUUCAUUUUGUGCCCAAAAUUGGAUCUGCAUUCUUGCAGACCUCCAUAGAAAGGCACAUAGGUGACCAGCACCCCAAAAUUCAUUAUUUCACAAAGAGAAGACUUAAAGGGACCUGUCCAGGACAGGGGAUUCUCAGCCACCAGUUAGAAAAGCUUCUGUGAAGUUAAUAGGACGAAUUUGGUUUAUCCUUGGAGAAAGUUGAAAAUGCAAAUUCUAGCUUUACUGAGAUACUUACAGAAAUCCAGAAAGGUCUUUAUUUCUACAAAUGAGAUUAUGUAACACUCUUAUGAGGCCAUAAUGCAAUCUCAAUAGCCUUGUAGAACAGAUUUCCAUAAAAACUAUAUUUUAAGUUGUCAUCCCUUACUGCUUGUUGCACUGAAUGACGUUUAAUAUGGGUUCUAGGGGAGAGGAGUCAUGCGUGUAGUAUUUGGCUCACAGUAAAAGAACCUUCUAGGGAUACAUAAAUGUACAUACACAGAUUUUCUUAUAUAUCUAAGCAUACUCUACGUACACGUUUUAGGAAGUGCUUUGGCAAUGAUGAGCCAUUUCUAUAACAAGACACAUAAUUUGUGCCUGCUGUACACUGACGACAAAUUCCACAAGAACAAAAUCUCCUGCUGCUGUAUCAGAUACAGAUGUGACUGUCUUGUUCCAUUGGCCAUAGCACUAGUCUAUUUAUUUUAGUUCAUGCCUUGCAAGCUGUCCCACCCCAUCUCACACACCAGCUUCUAGCACGUUUAGCACACCAGCACAAUUUAUAGAGCAUAACGUAACAUAUCUAGCAUUACUUGUUUUAAAGUAAUGCAGGCAGAUUAAUCCAAGCACACCUACCCCAGUGGAAAUUUCUAUUUCUCCCUUUUUUUUUUUCCCCCCUCUUAGUGCUAACAACGCUUCUGUAACAGUGACCAGCAGUGCACCCAGGGCUGGCUGUGACCCCACUGACUGCAGAAGCCAAUGGUACGGCACUGGGGUAAAGCUGCUUAAGGGGAAUAGAGGUCAGGCUCAGAGGGCAGGGUCUCAGGCAGACUGCGGGUGAUCAGAUUUUCCCCAAGCUAAUUAAGGACGGAAGCGUUCUCAGAAAAAAAAAAAAUUACCGUUAUUGGGUUAGAAAAAAAAGUUUCUUUAAUGUAAAUCGUUGGUGGAGAUGCGAAGAUGCCCAUAGGUCAGCAUUUUCAGUUGAAUGAGGUGACGAAAUGGGGCCUUGUGGACAAGUGACCUUUCAGCCUGCGGUCAGGCUGAAAAUACGUUUUGUUUUGGGUGGAUGUGAAACUGAGACAGUUGGAAGAAGCUCUCCAGGCUAGAGGAAGAGCUUCAAGAAGGCAGCUUAUGUUCACGAGCUAAAAAUAAUGGUACGAUUUCUGGAUUUGGCCCUUUCAUCUCUCAGAAAAAGACAUUUAAGCACUAUUCAGUACAAAAAAACAUUGAAAGGAACUGUUUCAAUUUUUGUUGGCUUUGUUGUUGUAUAUUUUUUUAUGAAUAUUUAUUAACAAAAGACUUUUGUUCUUAGGAAUUCUUUUCUUCUCCGAUUUCUUUGAUCUCUAACACUAAAUAUAACCCAAAUUCCUAAAGCAGUUCUCUUACCCACUGCUUCCUUUCCCCUUAAGAUCUAUAUGUUAGUAAAUGAGCAUUCUCUCUGCAUCAGUAAGUAAAUCUAAAUCAAGCUAUAAGAGAUUACAGCUCCAAUCUUACCAACAUAUAUGCAUGCCUUGCUUAGUCUUAAGCUUGUUGGUAAAAUGAAUGCCAUUGUAAGAGGCAGCUCAGUUUCCCUUCGUGGCGUACAGGAGUAAAGCCAAUUAAAAGUUGAUUGGUAGAAUGUUUUAGCCAUGUUUACCCCGAACAACACCAUUACAUGGGUAACCUCUCAAUAAGGAGAAUCACACACCUUCAGCCCAUGUGUGUUGGCAGGAUUGGGGUCUAGAGGUGGGAAGUUAAAGGUCGUGUUUCUGAGUCAGACAGCAUCAAGUAGGCUGGUGGGAAAAAAUUUUGGACGUGCCAGUUUGGUGAAUGUGAGUUUGAGCCAUCACUCAGAAGGGAGGGACACGACCAGGCUACACUAACCAAAAGGAAUGGGUUAAAGUGUUGUGAUUUCCAAUACACACACACACACAAAAUGUAUUUUGAGAGAACAUUGUCAUUCAGCUCUGUACAAUCCAACUGACUGCAUUGUGUCUUGCUUUUAUUAAUCUCUUGAGUGGCCCAUCAUUUCAGAUGGGAAAUGAGGAGAAAAUUCAUUCUUUAGAAGAAUCAGACAGUGUCAAGAAUUUUUGCCCAAAUCUGGGUAUUAAACGCCAGUAUAGCAUUUUGCUACUGUAAUGUAUUUUCAUAUAAAUGAUUGUAUACUGUUUUGUGCUUCGGUACCGGUGUGAGCCUUCAGCAGCAGAACUGACUGUAGUGGUUUGUUUCCAAGUUUCAUGAUAAUAAAAAUACAAGUUAACUAAUUUAAAAGCUUCUGAUCCUGGUCUCCAUCCAAAAACACUAACGAAAUCACACGCAAGAGCGAUCUGCCCAUACAGCCAGAGAAACCUCCUCUGCUGCGCAUCAAUCAUCCUUGCUUCCAGGCACACACAGUGAGUGAUCCCCCACCAGAGUGAACUCAGACACGGCCUUUUUUCUUUGCCAUGGGGAAUGUAGGGCUCCCAUUUCAAAAGAAAACAUGUGAAGGUUGAGCAACGCCCUGCUGAGCACAUGAGGAAGAUGAGAAUAUUAUUCCAGCCAACUUUGGAUAUCGUCACCUGAUCAAAGAGCCGUGUUUGCCAUACCUCUACAUGAGAGCACCUCAGUGGCUGGGGGACUGAGUGUGUCCAAUUGCUUUCCACUAGCAGAACCCAGAAACCUUCUCCCAGCUGGCAUACUAUUUCUUAUUUGCACUGUUGUUGGUAUAUCCCAGGAUUGAACUCCAAGUACCAUUUUUAAAUUGUUUUAGGAGAGGUUUCUGGUUAAGGGCUACGUGCUCUGGCUUAAGCGAGGCUCUCACCUGGAAACUCAGGGGGAGGAAUCACGUUCAGGCAUGUUUACCCCAGCUUUCACCCACACUCACAUACCUGAGAUGUUUUGUUAGGCUGUGAGUGGCAGCUUCCACAGAUCAGCCAAAAGUUAAUUAAGCAGUCAGCAUCAGACUUUCUCCUGUAGAACAUCCACAUCAAAGAAGGUGGUUUUUUUUUAAUUUAUUUUUAUUUUUUAUUUUAAUACGAUAGUUAUCUCAAGUGAAAAGCUUUUUAUUAAGAUAUUUGUUAACAGCAGCAGCUGUCCGCAGUGGUUACACAGCACUGCACUUAAGCUGCCCAAAUACUUGCUGCCUGGGUAGAACAUAGGGCAGCUAUGGAUAUAGACAUGUAUCUUGAUGGAAGGAAGAACCUUACCUUCAAAUGAUGAAUUUGCUACACCAUUAAUUUCUUCCUGGAGAGCAGGACAUUACCCAUGGUAGUUUUAACUUCCUGAGAUGCCCAACCACAGCUAUUUGUGGUUAUAUGAAUAGAUAUGAAUAUGAAUCUAUUUGUUCAUGCAAAAAAUUCGUGCCAGCUUUGUUCACGUACAAAGAUCCCUUUUCCAGGCUGGGGACACGUGCUGUGUCACAGUACUUCCAGCUUUUGGGGAGAUCACUGAGUUCACUCUGGCAGGGUUUGGAGACUUUGUCUCUUCAGCAUCUUGCAGGAUGGAGCACAAAGUGGAGGCAAUCUGCACCCCCAGGAACAGCAGGGGUUAUACACUUUCCAGCUCAUCAACAAGCAGCUGAAUGAGGGCUCUGUUUUCUAGCACACUCAGUUGCUGUCAGACAGGUUCUUAAAGGAAAUUAGGGCUCCAUGAUGCCAAAGACAGAUAAGAAUCUCUUCAAAAGUGCGAAAGCAGGAGCCAAGUUUGUCAACAGCAGCAAUUCCAAGUUUGUUUUGCCUUAGAAGUAAUAGAAGCACCAGCUUAUAUACAACAUUAUCAAGUGCCCUAACUCCAUAAUGUUUUGGUGGGAUUUUUUUCAGAAUUAUGAAAAACUUUAUUCCAGACUCCUCAUUUUUGCACAAAUCAAGCUAUGUUCUUCCAUCGCCUGUAGAUUUUUAUAUUAAAAAGACAAAAAGGCACUGGAAGUGUAUUUUUUUGUAUAUUUAUUGGCACUGUACAUAUAUAUAUGUCAAUUUUAUGUAAGUGACUGUAAAAAUCAAGGUACAAACUUGAGACCUAUCGUUCUCAGCAGCUUUCUCCUUCAGCAGAUGGCUUUGAUAUCUUCUAAUGAUGAAGUUUAUCAAUAGUUUGUUUUUAAAAUCACUUUGUAUCUGAAAGCUAAAUAAAUAAAUAAAUAAAUAAAUGAAAGCACUUUAUUUGAUUCACCUUCAUUCCUGACUCGUUCUGUACUUUCAUGAGCAUCCACCAAAAGCUCACGUUUCCAACUGCAAAGAGCAGGAGUUUGUUCACCCAUGGCAGUGUGGUUAAGUGUGCUGUAUUUUUCACACCAUACGUGAUUUCCCAGAUCACAGAAUCACAGAAUUGUAGGGUUUGGAUGGGAUUUCUGGUGAGAUAUUGGCAUUGCUGCUCAGAAGGUGGUGGAGUUACCAUAGCUGGAAGUGUUAAAAUGGGAGAUACCACACUGGCUGAGACGGUCUACAGCAGUUGUUGGCAUGGGUUGAUGGUUGGACUGGAUGACCUUAGUGGUCUUUCCAACCUGAGUGAUUCUAUAGUAUGUGCAACUGUUACAUGAAAUGUGAAUGUAUUUACAGCUCACAUGCAAAAAUCCCCAAGCUUCAAGCUGGUCUCCGCAGGCAGGAUUCAGAGGCACAGCUGUGCAUGUAGAGACCAAAGUGGAAGAGAUCUAUUAAGAUGAAACCAUGCAAGCCACUGCCAGAGCAUGAUUAUCACUCAAAAUAGCUAUUUGCUCACUACACUUCCUUUCUCUUGACAGUUCCUAAAAACAAAGCAUGAAAAAUGGUAUCCUUCCAAAGAUAUGGCAAGGGCUGCUCCAGCCCUAACCCUCUAGCAAGAUGACUUCACUUCUUGCAGAUACCCCACUUCCUUUUCUUCAUGUAAAUCAGGGGAAUCUCUAGUACAAAAACAAGGAGAUAUGAAACAACUUCUUGCUGUAGCGGUGGGACUGUUCCUCUUUGCUACAGAAUUAUCUGGCGAGUAGGUAGAAAAGGCAUUACAGCAUUUGGAAAACUCCCAUGUUUGUACAGACCUCUAGGUCCACUGAAACUACACAGUUCUGCUCUGCUAGCACCACCGUACGUGUGCUGACAUCUCAUUAGUUUACAUUUGGAGGUCGUGCCUUUAUGCUUCUUUGAUGAAGGAUGCUAAAAGAAGAGGUGAGGUUGAAAAAAGACUUUUUCUUCACCCACAGGCUGCUGGCAGUUCUCACUCUGACUACAGAUGUAGGACUGAUCUCCUGCAUAACCCAUUACUGCUACCCCUCUACAGUCAUAAAUUUUGAUGCCUGUUCAUUAGGCAUGUUCUGUCGAGCAUAUUGCUCCUCAAUUACAAUCCAAAUUUCAGGGAAGCAUUUAUGCAUCUAUUCGAAGCCAAAUGCUUUGAACAAAUCAUUUUUUUGGCAAGCGUAGUUUUCUGUGGAAUUGCUUUCCUGCUUCAGUGGGGCACCGCUGGGAUGGUGCUUUAAGGCUGCGAAUGUAGCGAUGACAACACAGUUCCUUCAAGUAGUUUUAGUUUAUUCUUGCAGAAAGUUCUCAAAUGGUAGUUGAGAAAAAAACACCGUUUUUCCAGCAAUGAUGUUGGAUAGAGAAGCUUGCUGGCGCAGCUGCCACGAGGAUUUUUCUUCUCUCAUACUGUCACAGGGUGAAUUUCCUAAGUGGCAAAGCUGACUGCCCUGCUCUAGCAGCACCUGCUCUGUCCUUGCUAAAAAACCCCCAAGGAAAGCACACGUGCUGUGAGCAUAUGUGAGUGCCCUCAGUGCAGCCAGGCAGCCCACACUGCUUCCCCCUGUGCUCAGCACUGCUAGAUUGCCUUCCUGCCCUCCUGCAUCCACGUUUGCUGCAGCAAUGCUUUGACAAAGUGCUUCCACGCCUAUGACUUUUAAGAAUAAACUCACAACUAAGAAAUCUGUGAACGGAAUAAUAGUAAACAAGUUGGGGUUGUUUGUUCCUUCUAUUCUUCCCAUCUCCUGUGGCAGAUUCCUCACAUUCCCUGCCUGCUGUAUCAGGGCACUGCCACCAGUUUCAACCAGAGGAUGAGGAAAGCCCUUGAGCCGGGGCAGCACCGCUCACCUGGAGCACAGGAUGUGUGAGAUCAGUCUCUCCUUCUUGGCCAAGGCUUUGGAACAUUACAAGUCUGUGACAACAUUCAUGUUUCCUGUUGUUCGUCAUACAGCAACCUGUGUCACAUUAAAGAAACCUCAUCCGAAGCCACUCAUCAGAAAGCCUCCAAAUGGGAACAUUUGGAUACACUGUCUGAUCUGUGGCCGUUCUUUGCUGCCAGAGCAGUUCUGGAGCCACAGGAGUUAGUGUGGGUGCUGAUAACCCAGAGGAUGCACCAUAUAAAACCAUCCUCCAGGGAUGAGAGAGCUCCCUACCAGGACCCACUUUAGUCCCAGUAGGGAGGUCAGGACUAGAUGACAGCCUCAGACAGCUCCCAGUCUCUGAUAAGAAACACCACCAAGAAAAUAAAUCUUUUCAUCCUGCCCUCCUUCUCCCAUCUUUAUACGCCAUUAGUCUCUGAUCUCUUCAGCAAAUAGGCAGUAUUUCCCUCUUCUUUCCCUAUCCACUCUAGGUCAUGCAAUCCCGGGGCCAAGGGCCCACCCUGCAGUUCUCUGAAAUCAUGCUCCGAGGAUUAAGGCUGCUCUCUUCCACAGCACAGACUUUCCACACAGAAGGGCUUCACGAGGAAUUUCAGAAGCAUGUCAGCAGGCUCAGCCAGCAGAAUGACAUCUCACUCACCCUGUAGUCACCACUCUCAAUUCUUCCCAUGGAUGGGGAGCAGAGAAAGCCUUUGGCUGAAGAAGGAAAGGUUCAACUCAAUCACAUGCAACAGGAAACAUCAGAUAAGCAUUAGCCUGAGCUAUUGCAAUACUUGAGUGCUUUCCACUCACGCACUCAAAGGAGUACUUUACAGAAUUGACUAAGUAGCUAAAUAUAGUUAAAUAAAUAAAUAUCGUAAGCAGAUGAUCUCCCUCAGCUUCCCACUGCAGCCUUCCCAGAUAACUCAUCAUGCCUCACAUUCCCCCUAUUCCUUCAAUGAUCAGCACACCCAGACACCUGAGCCCCAGUACACACCACCACAUUGCCCUCUGCAGAGCCCCUCCUGCCCUGCACGCAGCACCUCACAACCCCUUCCUUCACCACUCACACUUUCACUCCCACACAGCUACAGGAGCAGAGCAAGGUGAAGCUAAUGGGGUCAAUUGGCCCUAGUUAACACCUUGAUCAAAGUCAGUGCCUUUCCUUCAGCUCAUCAGACCUGGGAGUACUUCCUCUCCUCAACCCAACUCAACUCAACCCAGCCCAACCCAACUAAACCUAACUCAACCCAACCCAACUCAACCCAACCCAACCCAACUCAACUCAACCCAACCAACUCAACCCAACCUUCUCUGUCUCUGUCUCUCCAUACUGCCUCAUUCUCUUAAGGAAAAUACAGCAGUCAACAAACCCAAAUCCUCAAAGACUGCCCUGGUGCUCUCCAUAGCCUUCUGAGAUGUCUGGGAUCCCUUUCCCAUGGACCUGGUUUGGAUUUGGGUGGGGUGAAAACAAACCUGCCAUUGGACUUUACAGGUGAUCCCCUGAUCCCAUCCACAGCUCCCCUUGAUGAGUGAGCUGUCAAGAAUAUUCUCAACAAGAAUAUUCAUUGUGUACAUCUUAUAUGUAACUUACUUUCUCUUUCUUCUAUCUUUACAGACUUUCCCUGAUGUAUUCAUAGACCUAAAGCAGAAAACUCCAAUGCAGCCAAACUAUAGUGUCCCAUAAAUACCAAACAGAAUUAGUUAUCAAGAAUGACUUCCAAAUACUAACAUGUGCUCUGAUGCAUCAUCCAAAGUAUUACUCGUUUUCAUAGGAAUAACUGAUGUCUUCCCAGAAAAUCAGGAUGUUUUGUGUUUUAUUUUUACUCAGAUAAGACACUGAGUUAACGGGAUCCAGUUGGCCUACAUCAAGAGGGCCUCCAAGGCUCAUUAGUGUAUUUAUCCUUUUAUUAUUCCUUAUCUGUGAGGUAGGGAAAAUCCAUUUUUUGCAAAUGGGGAACUGUGGAGAUACUAAAUGACUCGUCUAUAGUCACACAGGAAAUCUGUGUGGGGGGAAGAAAAGGGAAUCACGGAGAUCCUCUGGGGUCCCCAUUUCUCAUCUCUUCUCAUCCCUUGCACCUGGAGCAAGGGCUGCUGGUUGGGAGACAAUGACAGUUGCCAUGGAACUGUUCAGGCAGGGACAGCAAAGGCUGAGUCAGUGGUGGUCACUUCUGUCCACUGUGCUGUUGGGGACCCCAACAUAGGAAAGAAAAGAAAGCUUUGGGGACACCUCACAGCAGCCUUCUAGUACUUACAGGGAGCUUAUAAGUGAGAGGGAGAGUGAUGUUUCACAUUGGCAGACAGUGAUAAAUCAAGGGGGAAUGGUUCUAGGAUAAAAGAGGGGAGAUUAUAUUAGAUCUUAGAUCGUGGUGAGGCCCCAGCACUGCUGCCCAGAGCUGUGGGUGCCAUCCCUGGAGGUGCCCAAGGCUGUGGAUGGACCCUGGGCAGCCUGAAUAGGGGGCAGCCAGCCCAUGGCAGGGGGUGGGACUGAGGGGUCAAUGCUAAAGUUCCCUGUCUCUACUGCAAAAGAUGCAAGAACCUACGACCAGGCUUGGUGGGGACAGGACUGGAAAGCACGGUGCUCAGUGUCACACUGGUGUGCCCUCGUCCAUCCUGGCUUGUUGGCAUCUCUCCUCCUGCCCUGCAACAUGUCUCCCCAUGCUCAUGCCCACUUGUUGCUGUCUCAGUGGGAUAACAAAGCUAAGGAUGACCACAUUUGUCUCCAAGGAAUUCAUCCAUCCCCUGCUAGAAAGAUGACAUUAGAUUAAAAAAAAUACAUAAUAGAGAACAGAUGAGUUUUCAAAGGCAAUAUUUUCUAGCCACUAAAUUCCCAGUCCAGAGGGCUUCACUUUGAAUUAAUAUGGGCUGUCUGUGCUCUAGAAUUAAAGUUAUUGAUCCAGUCCUUGUUUACUGUCAUCCACUUUUGUUCCUGGACUUAUUACCACCUGUACAGGGUGAGAGCCUCUAAUUAGCAGCUGCAAUUUAUGCGCUUAUUCUGGAGAAUCACCAGCCAGGAAGCCACCCAAAAAUCACUGCAGAGGAAUUGUGGCAGAACAUUCACCUCCCAUUCUCAGGGAGCUGUGUGAAAGCUGACACAGACUUCCAUGCAGCCCCUUUGAAUUUGCCAAGUAAAUCAUUUUACGGGAAGCUUUGUAAUUGGGCAUUCAACAAAUUUUUCCCACAGUGACAAUCUCUUCCUUGACUAAUCUUGGAAAACAAAAACCUUCCGAAUAAUGUCCAGCAGUCAUAAAUCCUGCAUGCAUCUAACAUGGCAUGAAUGUUGUUCCUUUGGGAGGUCGGGAGGUUGGGAUAAAGGUCUGGAUUUGGCAAGAGCUCCAUCAGAGCAGGCUGAGCACAUCAGAGCAGGCUGCCAGCUAUUGUGACUGAUGGUGGGAUGGCUGCUGGGGUCUGGCUGCACUGCAGCACAGCGGAUGCUCUGCACCAUGCCAAAAGCCUGAACUGACUGUGCUCGUGCACAGAGCUUCUUGGACAAGAUCUCUCCUUGACCAGCUUCUCUCUAUCAGUUUUGUUCUUGAAGUGUUUUUGUAUUGCUUUUUUUUUUUUUUUAACAGACUAAGUGCUUCUAGGUAUGCCUUCAGAGAAUGUUUGCUCAAUGAUUGUCACACAAACAAAGUGUGCUGACUAAAGUCACAAAAACAAGGACGUGGCAACCUGGGGAGCUUGGCUGUCUCCUGUGCACAGACAGACAGCCUCCCUGCAGCAUCCCCAGGGCUUGAGCACUGGUGUAAGCAGGGAUCCUCAUUCAGGACCCCAUGAACACUCCUCUUUCCCCACACCAUCUAUCUUCAGCAUAAUUAAGGACCUGUUCUCCCGUGACCAAAUUGCAAAACACAUGUACAGCCCUGACCCCACCACUUCCCAUCAACCAAAAUGCAAGGGGCCCUGGAAAACCCAAGGUCUGUGCUCACCUGUGAGCCCCUGAGCACUGCAUGAGCAUCACAUGCUCUGGUUUCCCCAUCACUGCUGGCAGGAGGUGCUGGCAAACGCUGCAGAAUCCAGCAUCUCCUCUGGGGAAGUCACCUCUGAAUCUCCCUUUCAUGCCCAGAGGUGGUUUGAGCUGAAAUCUGACAUUUCAGAGUCUGAGGUCUGGGACAAUGUCAUGUUCACCCAUAGGUACCAGAAACCUGACUGUGCUGGUGGUAAAGCAUUGGGAUCCCACAUCCUUUCCCCAAUGGAAAAUCUGAGGGGGUUUCUUGUGCAGUAGAUCCAAGAGGGUUUCCUUGCCCUCUUUUGAGCCUGACUAAAAACACAGGGGAAAAGAAACCUGAAACAAAUACUCCUUUCUGCUUUUACUCCUCAAGGUAAAAGCCCUUUGCUUUGAAACAAGUAACCUUCUGAUGUACAGAACUCUGAAAUCAAGGAGGGAAGGACAGGAUGCAUUCCUAGAGACUAUGGUUAUUUUCUGAGUGAGUUUAGUGAUGGGAACACAGGGUGACUUGUGGCCCCGAAGCCUCCAUCUGCAGCACCUGAAACCAGAACUUCCAUCCCAGGGCAAUUUCUGACAUUUGCAGUUUCAACAUCCUCAAGAAAAAAAGUGAAAAUAUUAAAGUUCACUGGU